AUGGCCGAGGCGUUGGCUGUCCUCGGCGCAGCAGCAGCGGCAGUCCAAUUCGCUGAAACGUCCGCCAGGCUGCUCAUCAAAACUAUCCGACUCGUUAAAGACCUUAAAGAAGUUCCCUUAAAGCUUGCGAAGCUGCUCGAAGAGGUUGAGACGUCUACAAACCACGUCGACUCCCUCUUCCUGAGUCUUUUACAGGACGAUUCCGCCCUGUACACGCAGGUCAAGUCCCCAGCGCACCUGAACGGACUCGUUGAAACCAUCACCGCUCUACAGAAAGCAACAGAAGAGAUGAACAUGUUUCUUGCGCCGAUGGCAGAGUUCAAGGAAGGAUCAAUCUCAAAGGGGAGGCGAAUGGCUCGUCUGUGGAAGUCAGCCGUGUCGCUGACCAUGGAGAAGGAACUGUCAGAAAAGCUGGAACGACUAAAUCGCCUGAACAAUAACGUGGUGCGGGAGUUGUCGGUGGUGAGCUUACAGGUUCAGAUUACGACAAAUACACUUGCGACUGUGAACAAUGAGAUCUCGCUGAGGGGAUUCGAGGAGCUCACCAGGCAACUGAAUGCGUUGUCGGUGGACGUGAAGAAUCUUCAUUCAUCAAUGACGCAACGGCAGAGUUUUGAUAGCUCUACGGACUCGGAAAUUCUCAAGCAAGACGUGUCACUUACGAUCUGCAAAACCACCUCGUUUAGCAGUGAUGCUUCGUCCGAGAUUAGUCUCGCCGACUCACAACAUACUCUUGUGUCGCGAACCGAGAGAUCUGCCUCGGCGGAGCGACGAAAAGCACAUUUAAGGCUUCACCUACAACAAGGUCUAGCUUCUUCCCUUCAGAAUACACCAAAGGGUCGCGUUAUAGACUCAGACUUGGACCUUGUGCUCCUCACUAUUCGAACAUACUACACCAAAGGCAAUUUUGAUCCAACACCAGCGAUGCUACAGCCUCGGUUUUGGAAAGAUUGCAGCAACAGUAUCUACUUCUUCAAAGUUUCAGACUUUCCGAAAGCCCGUCGACUACUUCAAAGAUCGACUGCCAUACACUCCGACGACAUUUUCACACAGGGAGCGGCAACCGCACUCAUCGAGAUUCUGAGCACCUUAUCACCAGUUAACACUGCCACGAACCCAGACGUCCGCAAGACGCUACUGCUCUAUUUACAUUCCCUGGCUCUAAAGCAAUUACCUCGCGCAAGUCCCAUAUUAGUUGUCCUGUCAAGGCUCCACGAAGGCAUGGGCAGCAAAGACUGGUCACUAGCUGCACUAGAGUGCAUCGUAGCGCAGCUUUGCGCUACCCUCCCAGCAACGAAUGAGCUGAGAAUACACGGCCAAAAGAGACUGAUUGCGUUGCUGCGCCGCGGUAAAGACUACGAUAAGGCCCUGGAUGUAUGUAAUCGCGCUUUGGACGAUGUUCGGCUUGCCGCGGGCGAAGGGUCACUCCAAGAGAGGAAACUCGCCCGUUUACAGGAACACAUCUACAUGGACCAAGGGGACUGGGUCUCUGCACUAAAUGUUUGCUUUGAUAUCGUGGAACAGUCUGUUGAAGAGACGUUUGGGCCGAACCCCGAUCCUCAGCGCCACGACGAGUGCGCCAUCUGGACUAUGGAGGACAUUGCCAAGAUUUAUGAGAAUAAUGGAAACUUGGCUAUGUCUAUUGCGUGGUUGAAGCAGGCGAGAAUUAGUGGCGGUAUGUGUUGGGGUCCGGAUGUGUCGUUGGAGCAUAUUCAUGAUAAAUUGAUUGAGUUGUUGCGGCAGUGUGACAAGGAUGAGGAGGCUGAGCUUUGGAGUACGGCUUUUGGGCCAUGUGUUGCUGAGUGA